ACCAUACGCGAGUCACGCAGGCUAAGACCAUAGCUGACACCAGAAGUAGGCCUCGACUGCAACUUCGCUACAGGACUCCGUGUAUGCUCGUAGCCCAUCUCUAGCGUGUCGCGACUUCCUCCUCUCCAUCACAGCUGCCUCUAGCUUUCUCUACCACGUCACUCUCUGCCAUUACAUGGCACCGGCAAUAAUGUGCUUCGGACGAAAACCCUCUGCUACCGACCCGGAGUCCAGGAAGAAUGCCGAGAUCGAGAAGAAUCUCCGAGGCGACCGGAAGCGGGCUGAGCGCGAGGUGAAGCUGUUGCUACUCGGUGCCGGUGAGAGCGGCAAAUCAACCGUCCUCAAGCAGAUGCGCAUCAUCAACGCUGGCGGCUUCCAGAGUCUUGAGCGCAAAACAUGGCGGGCUACCAUCUUCAACAACUUGGUCUCGGCCUUCCAGACCAUCUACGCGGCCAUGCAAGAAGACGACAUAGACUUUGAGGACGACGACAACAUUCGGUAUUCCGAGAUGGUCAACUCUGCGCCCGACAUUGGCACCGAGGAGCCCAUGCCCGAGGAGUUCUACACAGCCUUCAAUUCCCUCUGGGCCGACAAGGGCGUGCAGCUCACCAUACUCAAGGGCAACCAGUAUGCGCUGCACGACAACUUGAAUUACUUCUUCCAGAACAUCGACCGCCUGUUCCAAAAGGACUUCCUCCCCACCGACCAAGACAUCCUGCGCACGCGAUUACGGACAACCGGUAUCUCCGAGACCAUCUUUGAGCUGGGCAACCUGACAUACAAGAUGGUCGACGUUGGUGGCCAGCGCUCAGAGCGAAAGAAGUGGAUUCACGUCUUUGACAACGUGCAAGUCGUGCUCUUCCUUGUCGCCAUCAGUGGAUACGACCACGUGUUGGUAGAAGACAGGAACGGCAAUCAAAUGCACGAAGCUCUGAUGCUGUUCGAAUCCAUAUCCAACUCCAAGUACUUCGAAAAGUCGGCGCUUAUUCUCUUCCUCAACAAGAUCGAUUUGUUCACCGAGAAGAUUGCAGGCGGAAUGAGCCCGAUCAGAAGGACAUUCUCCGACUACACUGGCGGCGACAGAGAUGUCGAGGCAGGCAAAGAGUUCUUCGCAAACAAAUUCCGCAACCUCGUGCGACAGCCCAAGAAAGAGGUCUACGUUCACUACACGAACGCGACCGACACGAAUCUGCUCAAGAUCACCAUGGCAUCCGUACAAGAUAUGAUUGUCCAGCGCAACCUUAACGCCCUGAUACUAUAAUAAUCACUGAUGGACGCCUUGCGCGGAGCCAUUGUCGUGGUCUUACACCCGCAGCAGGGAGGAGCGCUCGCUCGCUCGCUCGCCCAAGCGAAAGCCAGGGACGCAUACCCACCCCGCGCUGCCGAUCGACCCACCUGCCCUAGAACUGGAUAGUCCACCUGGCCGGACCCGGAGUAGCAACAGACUUUGAGUGGACGAGGAGAGACGAUUUCCACGGCCCAUUCCAUUUUAUACCCCUGAUAUCCCUUUCUCCACUUCUUCCAUCUUCGCCAAUACUUUGACGAUCUCACGACGUAAUCUCUGGGUCUUGAUUUUGAGUCUUGAUCUU